AAAGGUUGGCGCUCGCCUUUGACCCUCCGUUCCGUUCUCUGCUUCCCUCAGCAAGGGCUCAGCCAUGGGCCUGUUCUCUUUCCCGCUGCUAUUCUGCCUCUUUGACUGGGCGCAAGUUUCACUCAGUUUCCCCCAGUCCUUUGACAGCGAUUUCACUUUCACUCUGCCGGCCGGGCACAAGGAGUGUUUCUAUCAAACCAUGAAGAAAGAUGCUACCUUGGAAAUUGAGUAUCAGGUGAUUGAUGGGGCAGGAUUAGAUGUGGAUUUCUAUAUUGCAUCACCGAAUGGAAAUAUUCUGUUUUUUGAUCAGAGGAAAUCUGAUGGCGUACACAGCGUUGAAACUGAGAAUGGAGACUACAUGUUUUGCUUUGACAACUCAUUUAGUUCUAUCUCAGAGAAGAUAGUCUUCUUUGAGCUUAUUCUGGACAACAUGGAACCCGAGGGCGAUUCAGACAGCUGGAAGGAUUUUCUACAAGGAGGAGAAUUGCUUGAUAUGAAACUGGAAGAUAUUCUAGAAUCUAUAAACAACGUGAAAGGCAGACUUAGUAAAAGCAACCAGAUUCAGGGGCUGCUUCGAGCUUUCGAGGCACGGGAUCGGAACCUGCAAGAAGGAAACUAUGAUCGGGUAAAUUUCUGGUCAGUGGUGAACCUGUCUGUGAUGCUUAUAGUGUCAUGUCUCCAGGUAUACUUGUUGAAAAACUUAUUCAACGACAAGAGAAGGAGCCGAACGUAGCGCCUGGAAAGUGAUUGUUACACCACAGCACAAGAUGGUGCCUGGAAGGCCACAGCAUUUAUUUUCAUUGGUGUAUGCAGAAAAUUCCUUAUUGUAAUUUUUCAAAAAAACUAUCAUGUUCAAUAGGGCUGUUAACUAAGCAACAUUAUGGUCAUAAUAGAGGAGCGUAAUUGUAAUCAUUUGGAAGAAGGAAAGAACGUGUCUGAACUUUCAAUCCUGUCAGUGGUCCAAACUAAGAACUAAAAGCCUUAAUAUCAUUGCCAAAUAAACUGGUGAUCUAUGCUGGCACACUGACGAGAAGAGUAAUGCUAGGAUCCUCAGCAUUGGCAAUUUGCUGUAUUCUGAAAGCCUCUCUGGUCAGAGGUAGUUUGUGUAACUAAUUUUCCAAGUUGUGUUGUCACCUCUGGAAUGGUUAAGUACAUGUUGGGAACAUACUUUGACUUGAACGCUUGAGUUUCUCUGUUCAAGUGUAAUGGAGACUUUUAAAAUACCAAGAUCUGUUGCAUAUGGAGAACGAUGCACUGUGAAUUGUACCUAAGCAUUUUUCACUCCACACAACAUCACUGUCAAAGUUGUAAUAAGUAAUGACUGGGGCCAAGUUAUAACACAUUCAGACCACUAGCUCUGCCAUGUAUUUUUUAAUAAUCUGAUUUACUUGUUACCAGAGAAGUUUACACACUGUAGAAAUGAUGUAAAUUGUUUUUGCGAAUGUUUAGGCACUGCAAAAAGGACAACACGUUCGUAAUAGAAAUUGUGACAGUGCAGUCUGUAACUACUUAGAUCUUAAAUCUAGCCCACUUAUUCUAUCAAUCCAUGCAACAUUUAGAUGAAAAAACUUGAAGCCAAAAAAUAAGGCAGCAAACAGCUGAUGGACUUUAAUGCUUGCAAAGAAUCAGUGAGACUGCAAAUACACUCUGGUCCAGAGUACUUCACUGAGCCCCUGUAGUGAUCUGACCUCAUUUGGUUUGGAGAUCAUUUUUUAAUCUCUCGUUCUUGUAUACAUUUAUGAGAGAGCAAAGAUGGUUGAUAGGAUAGCCUUACCCAUCAGAAACACUUAAUUGUGGCUUUGGCUUCAGGAACAAUAUCACUGAGACAAAAUGUGCGUUUUUUCACAGAAAAUCUAGUCUGUAUGUGUGCUGUGUGUGUGUGUAUACUUGGAAGCAGUAUUAUUUGUAAAUGCCUUCACUGUUGUUCUCUUGAAACCAUAUUACCUAGAAAACAACUUGUUUGAAUUCUUCAAAACAUGUUUUAAUCACGUCAGAACUAAUGACUACUUUCAGUAUUCCCCAUUGUUUUAAAACCAAACUGAACUUGGAAAGGCCUGUGUAGCUGUUAAGGACAUUGACUUUGAAAUGCCUUUUAAAGGCAUUUUUCUGUUGAACAGUUGUUUCUCUUGCCCAGGAGAGCAUGCUACAUGCAACACACUUGCUCUUUUACUUCUGGCCAGGUGUUGGUUACAUUAGGCUUCAUUGUGGAAUGCCAAGACUCAGCAGCUGAAUCAGCAUUGAAGUUUGGCUUCCUCCCCAUCCAUUACUUUCAUGAAUCAGGCUCUGUUAAUCCAACAUCACAUUGUAGACACAAAUGUUUGUAGAUCUACAACACUGUCAGUGUUAUGAGCACGGAGGUAUUCAUGCCGUAGAGUACAGCAGAUAAAGGAAAACACAAGCUUUAAUAUACAAGCACUGUGAAUCUGCUGUCAUAUGUGUGGGGAUACCCAAUUUAAAUUGAUUAAAAGCUUUUAAAAAUCCGACAAUAGCUGUUGAGCUUUCAUCUUGCAUUGAAUUAUUCUACUUUAGAGCUGCCAGAAGGCUGAAUCACAACCAAGAGCCAGAAAGAAAUAUGCUUUGUCAGACCAUCUGAAAAUAUUGUUUAGAAAUGAGACUAAAGAAAGGAACAUGAUGUGUGUAUACUGGUACUUUUGAGGAAAGGUUUUUUGCCAGUGUCUUGGAAAUCUGCCUCUCCUAGUGUCUACAAAAAGGCAGGGUUCAACUUUGGGUAAGAUGAUCAUGUUUAUAAAAACAAAACUGCAGUAAUAGUUUCAAAAGGUGUGUAUAAUCUUGGUCUAGCACUCAGUUUUAUAUUGUGCUAAGUCCUGUACCUUUACCCUGCCUGAAUUCUGACUGUCCACCUUCCUUGUGGCCACUUGAAGGCCCAUUAGCCUACAGUGAAAGUUAAAGGAGUUUGGUAGUAAAUUCUAAGAGAUUAUUAAGCUUUGUUUUAUUAUUUGAACUAAGCUUUUCAAAUAAUUCUGCUGCUAUCUUUUUAAAACAAGGUAUCAUCCUCUGUUCUUUAUAUAUGGAAAACAUCUUUUAUUGAUUAUACAGAAAAAAGGGCUUUACAUAUAACCAAAUCCGUAGUGGAUUUAUUCCAGUGACUGAAUAUUUUAAUAAGUGCCUCCAUGUUUUUUAUACAACCUCUUCUUGACGUGACCAGCAAGCAGAGAACAAAUUGAUACUAAAGGCACACCUGACAACUGGAUAUAAUUGCAGAGGAAUCAUGUUAUGCACAAUAGAUCAAGGGCAAAAGCUUAGAUAUAAUCAACCGAACAUAUAGUAAAGAACUGAUCAUUAAAAUUUGUAUAUAUACAUGCAGUAAAUUAGUUCAAAAUGCUCAUGAGGUACUUCAGUCAGUCAUUUCUCUUGUCUGAAUCUUGGUUGCCAAGGACUGUGACUUGUAGUUUGCAAAUUCAUUGGUAGGUCUGUUGUUGAUGUUGUAGAUUUCUAUCAGUUCACACUUCUAGAAAUAUCAGCUGAACAAGAGAUGCUUUAAAUUUCCUGCAUCUCAUGCACAUUUUGCACCAAUAACAUAUUGGAAACUGAAAAUAGAGCCUAAAUGGAUGAACAUUGUGCAGUUUUUCCCAAAUAAAAUAUGUAACCAUGUAAGUUAGAGAGGCAAAUGAGCCAUAAUCAUACCCGAGAGUGUAUGAAGCCUAUCUCUGUAGUGCAGAAUGUUUGUUCUUCCAAUGUGGGUAUGCUUUCAGAUGAGUUGCAAAUACUCUAGUUGGCUGAAUCAUUGUAAAUUAGACUGAGUCAACAGGAUCAACUGUAUUGUUCCAUUGUCUUGUACAAAUAUUACAAACAGUAAAUCUUCCAUAUGACAAACCAUACUGUCCAUGAAUGUUUGAUUCAAGCAUUGGAAAUAAAACAAACUUACUGAUGUUCUA